AUGCAGAUGAUUGCCAGCCCCCUCGUCGGCCGAUUGGCGCCCGUGGUCGGCGUCACCCGGCUCUACAACAUCGGCAUCGCCACGGCCGGCCUCACAACCAUCACCUUCGGCACGCUCAACUACAUCCACGGCAAGGACGCCUUCGUGGUGGCCUGCUUCCUGGUGCGACUGGUGGAAGCGGUCGGCACGGCGGCCGUGUCCGGCUGCGCCUUCACCAUCAUCGGCCUGUACGCCGUCGCCGGCUUCGGCAUGCCGUUCUACGUACUCGGCGGCACGAUGGUCGGCGCGGCCUUGCUCAACCAGUGGAUGAUGCCGCCGCUGGUCAAGUGCGAGAGGAACGCAGUCCCGUUCCUCAGCAUGCUGAGCAUGUUCGGUCAGUCCUCCAAGAACUGGCUGUGCCUCAUGAUUGUCUUCCUCUACUCAUUCGUGUUUCUGACGUUCGACGCCUGUGUGGCGCCAUACGCCAAUGACGUGCUGGGCAUCACGCCAUCCACCCUGGGACUCUAUUUCUUGGUGGCCACGACAGUGUACGCUCUGACCAGCUUCAUGUGGGCCCGGCUGUCCGAGCACUCCCGCAACCCCUACGUGCAGAUGUCGCUCUGCCUGCUGGCGACGACAGGCAGCCUACUGCUAAUCGCUCCUUCGCCGUUGCUGAACACUGCACCCCGCUGGUGGCUCCUCGGCCUGGGGCAGACGCUGCUCGAAGGCUUCUUCGGCGGUGCCUACAUCCCAUGCUUCUCGCAGAUGCUGCAGGAGAGCGUGCGGAAGGGCCUAGCGGACGAUCUGGUGACGCAGGCGUUUGUGUCGAGUGUCUACUGGACCGGUUACUCGCUUGGCUCUGUGGUGGGUCCCGUUUCUGGCGGCCUUCUUGUGGACGCUUACGGCUUCCCCGUGAUGAUGACCUGCAUGGCUGGUCUGGCCCUGCUAGUCUGGCUGCUGACUGUGAUGCAGGCCGUCGGGACGGCAUGUUCAGAGGGCCGCAGGUGCCCCUCAGGGAAUGAAACGGAACCACUCUGCAGAGCGUGA